ACAAGUUGUACGAUUCUGUUUAUCUCACCAUUAAUAGCGAGAGAAAUAUUCUCUCUUGUGCAAAGGAGACAAGCUCGCAUAUUGAGUGACUGAUAUCUACACAAAGAAAGGACAGUGGGAUACGUGAGACUAUUAGUUCUUUCAUUCGCCUUUGGGGGUAGUUUAAGAGCACCAAGAUAACCUCAGCUAGUCAGGCCUCCUUCAACACUGCCAGCCCCUGAGACACUGGCCGGCAGCGAAGGCCAGGUGAUUUUCUACACUACGUGAAUUACUGAUGAUUUUUGUUGUUUGUGAAUGUACUGAACAGCGUGUAAACUUGCCAGCACCCUUGUUUGGUCUGUUGAGGUUUAUCCCUCUAACCUUAAGUGUUGUACUGGCCGUGGACCCUUGUUCUCCAGCCUCAAGAGGUGAGUGAACAGGAGGCAGAGCCUGUGUCGCUGAGGAAUGGAAGGCAUUUUGCUUGGUAAUGAGUUUGCAGAGAGUGGAUUGCCUUUGAGGUGUCAGAUACCCAUAAAGAGCUCCAGCUGGAAGAAACUACAAGCCUGCCCUGGACAGAGACACUUUUACUAACAGAGGUGACCACACCGUGUGCUUGUUGGCCUGGUCACUGUCUCAUCUCAAAUCACUGUCAGCUUGUUCUCCUGUGACUCCACUCACAAUGAGUUCGAUUCCUGGAGUUAUUUAGUCUUCCUUUGAAGGACCACUGGCACACAGUUAUCUUGAACAUUCUAGUGUGGAGCUCACAACCCCGGAUUCGAGGUCUGGGAACGUUCACGGCCUCUGGGAAGCUACUCUGCAUUAGCCCUGUUCUUGGAGGACUGAUCUCUGCACAACCAGGUUCCUGGAAUUACCUCAGCAGAAGACUAGAGUUAGGGGAAAGGCAAAGACACGUGGGGUGUGCUGUUGAAUCAUGUUAAUCCAUCUCUGUGGCCUGGGGCACGUCACCUCUAGAAGAUUGUACAGUAUGCCUUCAAAGGCUGUGAAAUUGUUAUUAAUCAAUAUUUUAAGGUCAUUUUGUAUGUAUAUUUUGAAUUAUGUAAACAGACUAGGAGGAAAAUGUGCAAUUUUGAGGGAUACCUAAUUUGCCUCUGGCUUUACACUCCACAAUGGGGUGUGUCGAUGAACUUGUUAAUGCCAUUUAAUCAAGCAGACUUUUGAUCACUUUAUUGUUCAUUUACUGACAUAAAGGGAAAAUGUGAAACACAGGAAGGGAAAAU